CUGAGUGAGUCCAGCUACAGGAGAGAAAAGUGGAAAACUCCAACACUGCUGCUUCAAGCUGCUGACGCUCCACACACUGAAUCUUCACUCACAGACUCAAUGGCUUCCAGAUCAGAGGAGGAUCUCUGCUGUACGAUCUGUCAGCAGGUCUUCAGAGAUCCUGUUCUUCUGUCAUGUAGCCACAGCUUCUGUAAAGACUGUCUGAAGAGAUGGUGGAGAGAGAAAGGGGAACGUGAGUGUCCAGUUUGUAAGGAAAUAUCUUCAAAGAAGCAUCCACCUUUAAACCGAGCUUUAAAGAACCUGUGUGAGUCGUUCUUACAGGAGAGAGCUUCAGAGGAUCUCUGCAGUCUGCACUCUGAGAAACUCAAACUCUUCUGUCUGGACCAUCAGCAGCCAGUGUGUGUCGUCUGCAGAGACUCAGAAAAACACACCAAUCACAGAUUCAGACCCAUUGAUGAAGCUGCACAACAACACAAGAAGGAACUUCAGGAAACUCUGGAGCCCUUAAAGGAGAAGUUAAAGGUUUGCAAACGAGUUCAAGUGAAGUUUGAUCAAACAGCAGAACACAUUAAGGUCCAGGCCCGACACACAGAGAGGCAGAUUAAGGAGCAGUUUAAGAAGCUUCACCAGUUUCUAGCAGAGGAAGAGGAGGCCAGGCUGGCUGCACUGAGGGAGGAAGAGGAGCAGAAGAGUGCGAUGAUGGAGGCUCUGAGCAGAGAGAUAGCAGCUCUUUCAGACACAGUCAGAGCCACAGAGGAGGAGCUGAGAGCUGAAGACGUCUCAUUCCUGCACAACUACAAGGCUGCAGUGGAAAGAGUCCAGCGCUGCCCCCUGCUGGAUGAUCCACAGCUGCCCUCAGGAGCUCUGAUAGACCAGGCCAAACACCUGGGCAACCUGACCUUCAACAUCUGGAACAACAUGAAGGACGUGGUCUCCUACACUCCUCUUAUUCUGGACCCAAACACUGCUGAUCCAAACCUCAUCCUGUCUGAAGAUCUGACCAGUGUGAGACGAGGAGGAGAGAGGCAGCAGCUUCCUGAUAAUCCAGAGAGGUUUGAUUUGUUCUGCUCUGUCCUGGGCUCUGAGGGCUUUAACUCAGGGAGUCACAGCUGGGAUGUUGAUGUAGGAGACAGUACAGGGUGGGAACUGGGUGUGUUAGCAGAGUCUGUGCAGAGGAAGGGACGCAUACAGUCUGGAUUAUGGGGAAUAGUGUGCAGUUUAGGUAUGUACUACACACUCUCACCAUCAACUCCUUUCACUGUUCUCCCAGUCCAGAAGAAGCUCCAGAGGAUCAGAGUGAAUCUGGACUGGAACAGAGGAAAGCUGUCGUUCUCUGAUCCUGAUACUAACACACACAUACACACCUUCACACACACUUUCACUCACAGGAUGUUUCCAUACAUUAGCACUGGUGAUAAAGUGAAGGUGUUGCCGUUGAAGGUGUCAGUGUCAGUGCAGCAGAUGAGUUGA